UAAUUUGAAAUAUAUAUGAUGCUAAGAAUUCACGAGAUAAUUGUGGCUAAUUAUACGUAAUUACGGGCCGCUAACAAUUAACUUAACAAUGUCCCCAGUAUCAAUUUUAAAUUCACUUUUAAUAGAUAUAAUUGAACACGAAACAGGAUAAAAUUUAAAACUUCGUGAAAAAUUCUAGCUCUUUUCGUACAUAUAGAAAUAAUACUCAAAUAAAUUGCGAGAUAUAUUAAAUAUUGAGAUAUAUAACAUUAUAUAGAGGAAAACUUGUUUAAUCUCAACGUACUCUAAUUAUCUGUGACAGAUAAAUGACACGUAACCGGUAACAGAUCGUAAAAGGCGCUGUAAUUCCUAGUUACGAGUCUGGUAUCAAUGAACGGAGUGUUCACUGCUGCGAACGGUCUCGCGGGAAGUCCCGCGAGAAGCAGUGAUAAUCGGGGUCGAUUGUGCGGUGAAGAACCCGUCGUCACACGUGCCCACCACCACGCAAAGCGAGCGAACGCAUUCGUUAUUACGCGGCUGCAACGUAGGGAACGGACUCGUGUCACGCCGCUCGCCGUAACGUAAAUAACUCUCUCUCGCGCGUAUCUCUGCACGAACGUACUUUUUCUUUCUGGUAUACUCACCUCUAAAAACAGAAUAUAUCUUAAUAUUUUAGUGGCGAUAGAAAGAAGUAAAAAGAGGUUUAUUAAGAAGAAGAAACCCUUCGAUAACACAGUACCUGAUUAGUAAUUAAUACAUUACUUGUACAAUAAAUCAUCCAACGAACAACAACGAUUGGAUAAUUGUUGUAGUUGCCACGGAACAAGUAUGUGUCGAAAGAAAUGUUCCCUAAUAUCAAUAACGAAGAGAGAUGACAAUCCGCAAGUGUCAGUGACGAUCUCCCACAUCGACGAGCAACCGGACUUGAAGACGAAGGAACGGAAGAUUAAGAGCAAUUCCAUGAGACAUUGUAAGCAUUCUCCCGACGAGGCCGACGUCGACGACGACAUCAAGCGAUUCCACGGCGACGGGCUCGUCGUUAAGAUGCACUCGAAUCAGCAUGUGCUGGAGAUCACGGGUGACGGCUGCCGGAUUGCCCUGUCGAAGAAUUCCGGCAGCGUUCACGUCAUCGGUGACGGUUGCAGACUGCGCGUGAACCGCAACAUGGGCGAUAUCGAGUACACCGGCGACGGCGGACAGGUCCUCCUCGGACCGGACUCCUCUAAAAGAAAAGUGAAAUUCGUGGGAGACGGCGGAAGGGUGAUCUUCGACUCGAGUCCCGAGACUGACCUGAAGAAGUCAUCGAAGGAACAAAAAAACAGUGAAACUUACGUGCAAAACUUUACGUGUCCACGUAAGGAGAUUAUUAAUAAGAUACCGAAAUGCGAAGAUGACCACAGGACGUCGAACGAAGAGGAUCUGGACAAUAUCUUGAACGAUACGAAGGAGAAGUACUGCCAGGGGAAGCACAACGAGGAAACGCGGAAAUCCUUGCGGCAUCCAACCGUUACGAAGAUCAUCACGAAGAUCCAAAGCGACGGUCUAUGCGUAACGAAACGGUUCGGCGAGUCUAGGUUGAUCGUUAAUUCCCGCGGUUGUUCUGUGACGACAAGUGUGUCGAAAACUUCGGCCACGAAUGUCGAGCUCAAGUGACGUAACCGGAGUUUUUUGGGUGGUGCUAUGUAGAAAGGUCUGUUCCUAGAAAAAUAAACGAUCAAGAGCGAUCAGCAGCUGGCUGAACGUAACUUCACCGAAAGUUCUUCUUUUUUCAAUUGUACAAACUGCUAGAAAAUAUUUUCAUUUUACGAAAAAUUUUAGGAAGCCUAUACCGCAACAAAGUUGACACUAGUUGUAGCUCGAAAGUACAAACCAAUAGUUACUUGGAUUUUAUUAAUUUUACAAGUAUUAUGUUUCCUGCCUUUGUAAUAUUAUUUACUUUAUUAUUUUAGAAAAAUAUCUCUGUGUACAUGACGCUAUAAAAUUCCCAUGUCAUUAUUCUAUAGAAUUACGCUCAUCAUAAUUAUUUUCCAUGCUAUUGUCUCUCCAAGACUUUCAGACUAUUAGUAUGAGCUACAUUCGACGUAAAGAUGAAAAAUAGGACUUUUAAACGACUAUAUUUAACGCUAACUAUGUACUGACUAAUAUGUAUAUUGUUCAUGCAUAUUAAUUAUUGCGCAAAUACCUCUUUUCGUCUUUUCGUUUCCACUUUUUCUAUUAAUUAUAUACAUUUUAAUUUUUGAACUUACUUAAACU